UAAUUAUUCUAACUGUAAUGAUCACACUAUAAAUGUUAAAUAGUGUUCCUCACUUUAACAUAGGACCAGUCCACUGUGGGAUGCAUGCCAAGUUCAGCCAAAAGAGAGUCAUGUGCUUUUCAGAGGAUGAAAGCUUAAGAUAAAGAGUGUUUGAAUCUGGAGGUGGGAGUGGUAUUAUAUAGGUCUGAGCCAAAACAUGUGAUAGUCACUGUAGGGGUAGCUGGAAAGAAAAUUGCGUGAGUCACUUAACCAGCUCCAACAGAUCACGGAGCACUAGCAGAAGAAUGCUGCUGGCGGUUCUACACCUUCUGCUGUGGAGCUUUCGGCCCUGCACAGGCCAUUUCCCUCGUGCCUGUGCCUCCUCCAAGAACCUGAUGGAGAAGGAAUGCUGCCCGUUGUGGAGGGGCGAUGGCAGUCCGUGCGGCCAGCUCUCAGGCAGGGGUUCCUGUCAGGAUGUUGUUCUGUCCAAUGCACCCCUUGGGCCACAAUUCCCCUUCACAGGGGUGGAUGACCGGGAAGCUUGGCCCUCUGUCUUCUAUAAUAGGACCUGCCAGUGUUUUGGCAACUUCAUGGGAUUCAACUGUGGAAACUGCAAGUUCGGCUUUUGGGGAUCAAACUGCACAGAGAGGCGACUGUUGGUGCGAAGAAACAUCUUUGAUUUGAGUGUCCCAGAAAAGGACAAAUUUCUUGCUUAUCUCACUUUAGCCAAGCAUACUACCAGCCCAGACUAUGUCAUUCCCACAGGCACAUAUGGACAAAUGAAUAAUGGAUCAACACCUAUGUUUAGUGACAUCAAUAUUUAUGACCUCUUUGUCUGGAUGCAUUAUUAUGUGUCAAGGGAUACCCUGCUGGGGGGAUCUGAAAUCUGGAAAGACAUUGACUUUGCUCAUGAAGCACCAGGUUUCCUGCCUUGGCAUAGACUCUUCUUAUUGCUGUGGGAACAAGAAAUCCAGAAUUUGACAGGGGAUGAGAAUUUCACUAUUCCAUACUGGGAUUGGCGAGAUGCAGAAAACUGUGAUGUUUGUACAGAUGAGUACAUGGGAGGUCGCAACCAGGCGAACCCUAACCUACUUAGCCCAGCAUCCAUCUUCUCGUCCUGGCAGAUCAUCUGUAGCCGAUCGGAGGAGUACAACAGCCUGCAGACUGUGUGUGAUGGAACUCCUGAGGGACCAUUACUGCGUAAUCCUGGAAACCAUGACAAAGCCAGGACGCCAAGACUCCCCUCCUCAGCUGAUGUGGAAUUUUGCCUGAGUUUGAACGAGUAUGAAUCUGGUUCCAUGGAUAAAGCUGCCAAUUUCAGCUUUAGAAACACAUUGGAAGGAUUUGCUAGCCCACUUACUGGGAUAGCAGAUGCCUCUCAAAGCAGCAUGCACAACGCCUUACACAUCUACAUGAAUGGAACGAUGUCUCAGGUACAGGGAUCUGCCAAUGAUCCCAUUUUUCUUCUUCACCAUGCAUUUGUUGACAGUAUUUUUGAACAGUGGCUCCGAAGGCACCGACCCCUUCAAGAAGUUUAUCCAGAAGCCAAUGCACCCAUUGGACAUAACCGUGAAUCCUACAUGGUCCCUUUCAUACCACUGUACAGAAAUGGUGAAUUCUUCAUCUCAUCCAGAGAUCUGGGCUAUGAAUACAGCUAUCUACAAGACUCAGACCCAGACUUUUUUCAAGACUACAUUAUGCCCUACUUGGAACAAGCAAGACGGAUCUGGCCAUCACUCCUUGGUGCUGCUAUGGUGGGUGCGCUGCUUACAGCUGUGCUGGGAGGUCUCACCUACCAGUUAUGUCAUCACAAGAAGAAGCAGAUCCUUGAAGAAAAGCAGCCACUCCUCAUAGAAAAAGGGGAUUACCACAACUUGUAUCAGACACAUUUAUAAGGGCUUAGGCAAUUGAGUUGGGCUUUAAAACCUGAUCUCAUUCUAACUCAAGUUAUAUUCAAGUCCCCAGUGAUGUCCGGACAGAAAUUCUUUGUAUUUUUCUGUAAAAACCAUUAUCGGAAUUGUAAUCUAAUACAAAAUGUAUCCCUCUUCCAAUACCAGUAGAGUUUGCCUCGUUUUAAUUUCAACACUUUUACAAUUGUCCUAGAGGCUAUAUUUCUAACAGAAAGA